GGGAGCCGAGUGGGGACCAGUCGGUUGGGCAGCAGCGGCCGUGGGUCUGCACACCCGAGAGUAUGGCGGCUGGGAUUGCGCUGGAGAGCGAGGGAGAAGCGGAGCCACGCCAGAGAUGCUGAGAAAGAAACAAAAAGGGACGCAAGUUCUGCAAUUAAGUGCGGACGUGCUUGUAGUCGCUGCUGUGUUUCCAGAGGCGGCAUCCGAGCUGGAAACAUCGCGCCUACACUUCAUAACUCGGGGCUCAGCCAGCGUCUUUCCAGUGUCCUCGAUGGAGCAAGUUUGUUUUUGUCCCGAUGCGUAGAGAGGGGCGAGUCAAGCAGAUGAAAACCCGCACGCUGCACAUCAUCGGGCGACAUUUCCUUCCUGCCCGUGCACAUUUCUGGACAAUUGCGGUGUUCGGAUGUCCGUCUCGCUGUCGCUGUCUGGCCUGCACGGGGGACUUUCUACAAUGAGAUCCAUCUCGGGCCACCGCGUCUUUGUGCUCUGCCAUCGCUGAGCAGCGGCGAGCGAGACGGUGUUAUCGACAACUCGUUCACGAUGGGUCAAGAGUCGUUGCUGUGAUUUGGUGCGUGAACAUUCCGAGUCCACGGAGAUCGAUACCGUAUCCGACUUGAUACAAAUCCACGAUGCGCGAGUACAAAGUGGUGGUCCUGGGCAGCGGCGGGGUCGGGAAAUCCGCCCUCACCGUGCAGUUUGUCACCGGGACUUUCAUCGAGAAGUACGACCCCACCAUCGAGGAUUUCUACCGCAAAGAGAUCGAGGUGGACUCCUCGCCCUCGGUGCUGGAGAUCCUGGACACCGCCGGUACCGAGCAGUUCGCCUCCAUGCGGGACCUUUACAUCAAGAACGGUCAAGGAUUCAUCCUGGUCUACAGCCUCGUCAACCAGCAGAGCUUCCAGGACAUAAAGCCGAUGAGGGAUCAAAUCAUAAGAGUGAAAAGGUACGAGAAGGUUCCCGUGAUCCUGGUGGGGAACAAGGUGGACUUGGAAAGCGAGAGGGAGGUGUCGUCCAGCGAAGGUCAGGCCCUGGCCGAGGAGUGGGGCUGCCCCUUCAUGGAGACCUCGGCCAAGAGCAAAACCAUGGUAGACGAACUGUUCGCGGAGAUCGUUCGGCAGAUGGACUACGCCGCCCAGCCAGACAAGGAUGACCCGUGCUGCUCCUCUUGCAAUAUACAAUAGCCCCGGGCCUCCAGGAACAGGCCAGGCAAAAAGUAUACUCACAGGACGCUCCACCAACCCACAGCAGACACACACACACACACACACACAUGCCAAUUAGACGAAUGAAAAAUUCAUGGUUGAGCGCAAUGGAGUUUAACUCCACGGAGCAUAAAAUCAUCAGUGACAUAAUCAUUAAUAAAGAGAUGCGAGUAAUGAAUACAUUUUAAGCGAGGAAUGCCAGGAAUUUGCCGCAGGAGAAAUUGACACGUGACAAAAAGGAACAUGCCUUCUGUUACUCUCUUCUGUUAUUUGGGUGUGUUUUCAUCCUUUUGAGUUGCGGGGGAGGGGAAUCAUCAGCAAUCAAUCACAGAUUCAGAUAGUUACUCUUUAGGUUGUUCUAUAAUUUCUUAUAAAUAAGUAAAAAGGUGUUUUCUCCUGGUCUUGUUACAAAAGAAGCAUUUUUGUUGUUACCAUAACUAGGUUGCAAGUAGCUACAGUACACACAUUCAAGAACAGAUGUAUACGUUCCAGUUGUUUUAAAUAGUUAGGAGUAUUUGAUUUACAGUAUGUACAAUUGUUCUCCCAGUUUAGUUUGUGCGUUGAUGGUUGGAGGUUUUUUCUACUCAUCACAGGGCUGAACCAAAGAGGUGACCUGAAAGCACCUCCAUUUUCUUCUAUAUAUUUAUUUUAUAUAUUUCUUUUCCGUCAUGAAUAAAGGAAUGGAGAGAAAAUGUAAGACAAGUCAGUGUCUUUGUUGACACACUGGUGCAGUCAUCUCUUUCCUAUCUUCUCACUUUGAGAUACAAUAGCAGAGUCUUUAACAUAUCGUGUGAUGUUUCAUUUUGCCCUGUGAGACUCAGAUUGCCGAGUAGUAAUAUAACUCAAUGCUUCAUCCUGAUGGGACAAAGACUUCAUCUUUUCAGUUUUUGAAUAUCUCUUCAGAUGAUCUCUCGCAACUAUUUUCAGGAAUUGGUGACAUUUAAAGUGAAGAUGCCAACAUUUGUCACGCUUUACAUAUUCUUUUUCUCCUCCGAUCACUAUGAAUUAGGGUGCUUAAGAGUGUCAACAUCCUGAUCUCAUUCCUUCUGUGCUCAGAGUAUUCAAAUAGUAACACAUAGUGACGACGAAGGCAAUGAUAAUAACAAUAAUAAACGGCAGUGUACAUAUUUUGUAUUGAAAGUGCCAGCUCCUGUGAAGACACCGACUCAACGGGUGUGGAACUGUCAACUGUGCAUGGCUAGUAAACAAAAAAAAGGACUCUAAUUGUUUGAGAUAACUAUAGGCUGUGGAAAUGUGCAAACCAAAACACAUGUCAGCAUCUGGACACCGUCUCGGCUGCACAUCUGUGCUGCCACGGGAACCAGACUGGCCCCGCGUGACCAUUUUCAUUGUUGAUUUUAUAUUUUUUUAUGUGACCAUUUCCUCAUUAUUCCCUCUCUGGAUGGUGACACUGUUACAUUUGACACUUGAACAAUAAAAGUGCGUGAAACACUU